AGUCGCCGGCCGACUAACUUGUGUUCCAUUUUUUUGCUAAAUUCAGAUGUGACCGUCUCGGGAGUGCACAGUCUUUACGCCAUGUUAAUUACAGGAUGAUAUGUCCAUGUGGUGUUAAAUGGGUGGUGCUGUGGUCACUGUGGGCGGCGGUGCUAAUUGAGCAGCCGACGCCGCAGCUGCGCGUGAGUGGCGGCACAUUGCGCGGGUUCAUCUCACGCGACGGCUCGCAUGUGCGCUAUCUCGGCAUUCCUUAUGCUACCGUCAAAAAACGGUUUCAGGCAGCAGAACCAAACCCACAAUGGCCCGGUGUGUUCGACGCACACCACGAGCACAUUCGAUGCACCCAAAGGCUGCUUGGAAUGGUCGUUGGCGAGGAAGAUUGUCUCGUUCUAAACGUAUACACUCCAUUAGAAAACAAAAUUGAUUCUUUGUUCCCAGUUAUGGUUUUUAUCCACGGCGGUGGUUUUAGAGAUGGCUCUGGGGCACCUUUUCUUUACGGACCGAAUUACUUGGUAAAAAAAGGCGUUAUACUAGUAACUUUGAACUACAGAGUAGAAAUUCUAGGCUUCCUAUGUUUAGGUAUUGAAGAGGCUCCAGGAAACGCAGGAUUAAAAGAUCAACUAGAAGCUCUGAAAUGGAUCAAGAAAAAUAUUAGAGCAUUUGGCGGUGACCCUGACAAUAUUACUAUCUUUGGAGAAAGUGCCGGUUCCGCUUCAAUCAUUUACCAUCUUUUGUCACCACUGUCUAAAGGGCUCUUUAACCGCGCUAUCAUGCAGAGUGGAUCUGCUAUUGCACCGUGGGCAUUCCAAUUUGAACCACUAAAAGCAGCUAGCCUUCUCGCACAACAAUUGGGCUAUGAAACGGAAAACCCAAAAGAAAUCUAUAGCCUGUUUAUUAAUACAACUGUUCAUGACCUAAUGGCAACGCGUGUGCAGAGAAAACAAGGUGACAUAGUUUUAUCAGAAAAUAUAUUCGUGCCUUGCUUGGAAAAAGAACUACCAGGAAUAAAACGACUCAUUGACGACACGCCUUACAAUUUGUUAUCCAGAGGUGAAUACACCAAACUACCAGUGAUCAUUGGCUUUAACAACGAAGAAGGCCUCAUGUUUAUUGGUAAAGAAAAUGAUACAACGAUUUCUGAAAUAGACCUUUAUACCGCCCUGCCUAGAGAUUUAGUUUUUCCAACAGAACUAGAAGCCCGGGAGACAGCUGCAAAGUUAAAUGAAACUUAUAUUAGGAACAACGAAAACAACAUAACAAUCAAAUUAGCACGUUUUGAGGGAGACUUGGGAAUAACAUAUCCUGUGAUAUCAACGACAGAACUCUUGCUGAAUACUAACAAACACGCAAUAUACACAUACAAAUUCUCAUACAGCGGUCUUCUGAAUGUUGCAAAAUUCUUUGCGGGAUUCCACCAUAUUUCUGGCGCAUCACACGCCGAUGAACUUUUCUACUUAUUCAUGCCUGCGAUACCUUUACCAACCGCACUACUAGAAACUAAAAUGAUCAAUAAGAUGACAUCGAUGUGGACGAAUUUUGCAAAAACCGGCAACCCCACACCAGAACAAACAACUGAUCUCCCACUGCAAUGGCAACCCACAAGUAAGACAAAUCCUCGAGUACUCGUCAUCGAUGAACAACUAACAACAGCACCGCUGUGGGAGGACGCAGCCAUGUUUUACUGGAACAAUACAUACAUGAAGUAUAGACGGGUAUGAAUUCAGAUACCCUAAUGUCCUAGGUAAUAAAUAAGUAUAUGAUAGAAAAUUCGUUCCUAAGAAAUAAAAACGUUAAUUUAUGUCAACUUAAAUCAACCGUUCAUUCUUUGCAUUAGCGCAGAAUUAUUGCAAACACUAAACCGUCUAAAUAAAAAAAUCCUGGCUUAGUAAAAUAAAAUUAUUAUUU